AUGAAACACCGCUCCCCCGACCACCCCCCUAUCACUGUAAGUAGUGAUAGCCAACGUGCACCUCUCCCAGACCACCCUGCUAUCACUGUAAGUAGUGAUAGCCAACGUGCACGUCUCCCAGACCAACCUCCUUUCACUGUACGUAGUGAUAGCCAACGUGCACGUCUCCCAGACCAACCUCCUUUCACUGUACGAAGUGAUAGCCAACGUGCACGUCUCCCAGACCACCCUGCUAUCACUGUACGUAGUGAUAGCCAACGUGCACGUCUCCCAGACCAACCUCCUUUCACUGUACGUAGUGAAAACCAACGUGCACGUCUCCCAGACCACCCUGCUAUCACUGUAAGUAGUGAUAGCCAACGAGCACGUCUCCCAGACCACCCUCCUAUCACUGUACGAAGUGAUAGCCAACGUGCACGUCUCCCAGACCACCCUUCUAUCACUGUUAGUAGUGAUAGCCAACGUGCACGUCUCCCAGACCCCCCUCCUUUCACUGUACGUAGUGAUAGCCAACGUGCACGUCUCCCAGACCACUCUCCUAUCACUGUACGUAGUGAUAGCCAACGUGCACGUCUCCCAGACCACUCUCCUAUCACUGUACGUAGUGAUAGCCAACGUGCACGUCUCCCAGACCCCCCUCCUUUCACUGUACGUAGUGAUAGCCAACGUGCACGUCUCCCAGACCCCCCUCCUAUCACUUUAAGUAGUGAUAGCCAACGUGCACGUCUCCCAGACCAACCUCCUUUCACUGUACGUAGUGAUAGCCAACGUGCACGUCUCCCAGACCACCCUCCUUUCACUGUACGUAGUGAUAGCCAACGUGCACGUCUCCCAGACCACCCUGCUAUCACUGUUAGUAGUGAUAGCCAACGUGCACGUCUCCCAGACCACCCUCCGAUCACUGUAAGUAGUGAUAGCCAACGUGCACGUCUCCCAGACCAACCUCCUUUCACUGUACGUAGUGAUAGCCAACGUGCACGUCUCCCAGACCAACCUCCUUUCACUGUACGUAGUGAUAGCCAACGUGCACGUCUCCCAGACCCCCCUCCUAUCACUUUAAGUAGUGAUAGCCAACGUGCACGUCUCCCAGACCACCCUGCUAUCACUGUACGUAGUGAUAGCCAACGUGCACGUCUUCCAGACCACCCUCCUAUCACUGUACGUAGUGAUAGCCAACGUGCACGUCUCCCAGACCAACCUCCUUUCACUGUACGUAGUGAUAGCCAACGUGCACGUCUCCCAGACAACCCUGCUAUCACUGUUAGUAGUGAUAGCCAACGUGCUCGUCUCCCAGACCACCCUCCUAUCUAA